AUGACCAACUCAACUACUGAACGUAUCUUUAUCAUUGGUGGUACAGGCAAUUCAGGAUCCAAAACGGUACAGGACCUUAUUUCAAGAAACAUCUCUGUCACUUUGUACGCAAGAAAUCCCUCCAAGGUGACUGAGCUGUUCUCAGAAAACCCUCUUAUUAAUGUCAUUCAAGGUGAUCUCGCUGAUUUGGCUCCUCUCAAGGAGGGCUUGAGUGGCCACACUCGUCUCUUCUUGCUGUAUAGCAACUUUGAAGACUUUGUUGAAAAAAAGAUAACCAUUGCAAAGCUUGCCUACGCUGCUGGAAUUAAGCAAAUCCUGGACAUCUCUUCCAUCACAGCUGGUGAAUCAUGGAGAUCAGGGUAUGUUGGUACUAUUCAUCGUGACGCUGAACAAGGUAUCUUGAAUAUACCUAACCGUGGUGCAUUGGUGGUGCUUCGACCUGGUAGAUUCAUGUCCAACAUCUUGACUUUUGAGAGACCCUCUCCUGAUGGUGUGAUGUACGAUACGGUUAAUGCAAACGAGACCCAAGGGUGGAUCUCGCCUAACGACAUUGGUGCUGUUGCUGCUGCUGUCUUGUCUGAAGAUAUCAAUAAGCAUGGUGACCUUGUUUAUGAGCUGAUUGGAGAUGUUGUUAGCCUCGAUGAGCGCUCUUCUAUUACCUCUCGCGUGUUGGGACGUCCUAUUCGCUAUCAAAAGGUGAGCGCUUCCAGCAAGUAUGACCAGUUGAUGAAAACUGGCAUGUUCCCUCAUGGUGCUGCCUACAACUUGGCAGCUAGCAUCCCAACUGUGCCCCCAACUACUACCAUCUCUCUUGGAAUUUCCAUCUUGAUUGGCCGAGAGCCAGAGACUUUGGAGCAAUACAUUUUGUCCAACAAAGCUAACCUGUCUUAG